UUUUUCCUCAUUUCUCAAACUCUAUUCUAUUGAUUCUUCUUCAUGCUUGUUCAAGCUUUUAGAUCUAGGGUUUCUGAUCAGUUUCGAAAGUAGCUUCAUUUCUUCCGGAAUCAGCGAAACAGCUUGUUGAAAGGAUUUUAUUCGGCUGUCGAUUAGGGCUUUUUUAGUUUCUCUCUCCCAUCCUUCAAUGGCGAUCAUCGGAGACGCUCUGCGUCAGGCGUUUAUGCCAAAACAAGAGUACGAGAGCCUUAGGGAGGAAGAUAGAGCGUGGAUUAAGCUCCAGAGGCCGACACUAAUGUCGAUCGUUGCUUUCCUUUGCUUUGUCAUCUUCACUUGCACUAUCGUCAGCUUGAAAAUUGUGUUUCCUUCGAAUGUUCUGAGGAGGCCAUUCUGCAGCGACAGGAAGCUACAGCCUUUGCCUAUCUAUGGCAAAGCUCGUGACUCCGAUCUGUUUCCGGGUGCUUUUUACUUGACGGAUCAAGAAACUGUGGAUUUCUACUGGAUGGUCGUUUUCGUUCCGUCGACAAUAAUCUUCCUUGUAUCAUCCGUUUAUCUUGUAGCAGGAAUUUUUGUGGCUUAUUCCGCUCCUCACCGUCAUGGGUUUCUAAAUGUCGUUGAAAAUAACUACUGUGCUUCAAGAAGAGGUGGGGUUCGUUGCUUGUCAAUUCUAAAUGUUGUGUUUGCUAUCAUAUAUGGUCUCCUCGCUAUAUUUCUCGGCUCCAGCCUCCUGACACUAGGAAGCAGUUGUUCUGUGCCAUUGUUUUGGUGCUAUGAGAUAUCUUCAUGGGGUUUGGUAAUCUUGUAUGCUGGAACUGCUUUCUCCCUUAGAAGAAGAGCUGCUUUAGCUAUUGACCAAGGAGAGUUUGGGAACAGAAGCCAUCAGGGCUUGGAGAUGCUCGAAGCCAAUCCUUUGGAAUUCACACCAGAUGUGGAAAGACGAGUGAACGAGGGGUUUAAAGCAUGGAUGGGUCCAUCUUUGUUAUCAUCUGAUGAAGAAGACGAACCCGAGUUUUACAAUGAAGAGCCCGAUGUAACUCAUGCGACACUUUCUAGUAGGCAAAGAUCUUGAUUCUUGGAAAGCAGAAUUUGAAGUAUGACACUUAUGUAAACCUCCAAAGAUGGGUUGCUUCAGAGAUUGGGCUCACCAAAUUGUUGCAUAUCGGGUUCCUCUCAUGUCUCUGCUUUUUUUUGCUGAUGCUGUUUUAUGGACGGAUCAUGAGAAGAUUGGAUCCGGAAGAUAAAUCAUACCUGUUAGGACUGUCCCGGUUGUAGAUAUACAUACAGUGGAAUCAAAAUUGGGU